CUUCAGCUUCCGGAAUCCUAUUUGCCAACCGAUGUCAGCGUGCGUGUCACAUCCCAUGACACCCUCCCAUGCUUUCCCUUGCUUCAUUACUUGGCUGACAAGCAUAGACACCGCUCCCUUUGUCUCCUCUCAUAGAAGGACAACCCUUCUUGGCCAUGGAAGUGAAUGACGAUAGAGACGACGUGCAGGAGACUGCGCUUUCUCUUCGACUCAAUUAUGAUGGCGGAAGUAGUCAUCUCUCGACCGGCGAUCAUCCCCGGCCACAGGCUGCUACCCCUGUUGAGCCCUCUCUGACCCUUGUCCUCCCAAGCAUGGCCUGUUCGGUGAGUGGAGUCGUCGGCCGGAUGCCUUCUUCUCAUAGUGUGAUAUCAUCGAUUUCCGGUGGUCGUCCCUCUAAGGUUAAGAGGGAGAACGAUGGCAGGAUCAGCGAUGAGGAGGAAGACGGUGCAGCUAGGAAGAAGCUCAGGCUCACCAAGGAGCAGUCUGCCCUUUUGGAAGACAAGUUCAAGGAGCAUGCUACUCUCAAUCCGAAGCAAAAACAAGCUUUGGCCAGGCAAUUGAACCUUCGUCCUCGGCAGGUCGAAGUAUGGUUCCAGAACAGGAGAGCCAGGACAAAGCUCAAGAAAACCGAAGUCGAGUGCGAGUUCCUGCGAAAGUGCUGCGAGACGCUGAGAGAAGAGAACAGGAGGCUGCUGCAGGAGAUACAGGAGCUCAAGUCGCUCGACUUUCAAGCGCCCCGAUACAUGCAUCCCCCCGGGGGCGCCGCCGCCGGUACCUUCCAGACGUGCCCAUCGUGCAAGAACAGAGACGAAGGCGGAUCUCCUGCGGUGGCCCCGAAGACUCGCUUCUUCAACCCCUUCGCCCACUCGGCAGCGUACUGAUCGGGAGGCAUAAUAGCCUUCUUCCUUUACUUAGGGUUCGGGCGAGAUGUAUGUCUGAUACUUGCCGUGAGUUCCGUCAUAGACAAUGUCUCAUAUUUCUCUUGGUUUGAUUCCAUAUUCCCUAUGAAGAACACAAACACAAAUCAAUACUUGUUAAAUUUUGUAUGUUAGUCAAUCGAUGUACAGAGAUCUCAAUAAUGAAUAUUGCCUGAAGAAAACUAGCUUUAAUUGUACUCCUUUUUAGAGCAGAAUGAUGGAAAUCAUGCCAUCGUAUAACUCAGACUUCUUUUUGUUGAAAUGGUAAGAUCGAUCCCUAUUCCCUUCUUCACAUUUUUUGAUGAUAGAAAAUAAGUUGCAAUUGUCAUUUUUUGAGUAUUCAUUUCAUGGGAACUGAAAUGACUACUAAAGAAAGUGAGAAGAGAACAGGAAAGCGA